UGGAAGUCGUGUUAGUCUUUAGAAACAGAAAAUCUCUUUAUGAUUAAAAACGUUCAGCUAAUCAUCUGCUCUCUGCAGCCAACCUCAUACCAAUUAUUCUGGGGGCCCUGGAUGUUUUUAUGAACAAGCUGAGAGGAUUGUCUUUGCAUAGGACACAAGUCACAAUCUAGGAGCCCAAAAUUUUGGAAUAAGAGGUUGUAACUUAUGGGACAUCAUUUUCUUUAGCACACGUCUUUGAACUAGGAAUCUGGAAUGCUUAAAUCCAUGAGGAAUAGGUUUCCCAUUGCUUUCAACGAAAGUUGCCUUUUCUCGCAACAAACCUCACAAAAACAGUCCAAUUAUUUUCCCUCAUAUAUCUCGAAUGAAUCCGGUUUUGACACUGCUUCUGGAAGAGAUUGAUCGUAGCUUUCGAUGGACGGAGAAGAAGAUCAAGCCAAACAAUCUUCCGGGAGGAUCCCUUUCACCCAACUCAUCCAAGUGAGCGCUGAUUUCAUUCUUGCCCUGGCUAUGCAAGAGCAAGAGCAGGCCUACACCAUGCUCGAAACCAUAGAAAGCGAUAGUGAAGAAGACGACACUGAAAUUGACUAUGCUUCUUCGUCCUCUAGUGAAAACUAUGACCCAGACGUUGCUGCUUUCCUUGAAAGCCGAGAAUUUGAUGCUGAUGAUUUCAGGUUUCUUGAGGACGAAGAAAUUGGCAGCAGCAGUAGCAGCAGUGAUCAAGAAACGGAUGGUUUGGACGUGGAUGAACUAACUUAUGAGGAAUUUUUAGCACUUGGAGAAUUCAUAGGGGAAGAAAAAAGAGGACUUCCCAGGAGUGAGAUUUCUGCAUGUUUGCAUCCCUACACGUGCGAAUUAGCGGUCGGUCAGAGCAAGACUAGCAUCGAUCGAUGCGUGGUUUGUCAGCUCGAGUAUGACGAUGGUGAAUCACUAGCUGCAUUGUCCUGUGAACACCCUUAUCAUUGGGAGUGUAUAAGCCAGUGGCUUCAGAUUAAAAAGAGUUGCCCUAUUUGCAGCACACAAGUUUCAUCACCAUCCUCAUCGUCCAAGACCAUGAUUUUAUAAUUAAUUAAGGUUUCUGCAUUUCAUUUAUUUACUGGGUUUGAUUGUGAAGUGUAAUUGUACAAGAUUUAUGUUCUCAGUUUUAUGUAAUUAGUUGGAAUUUGGUAAUGAAUGAAGAAAUAAAAGAUCAUAGCAUUUACUUUAUUUAUUCAUUUUUUUUUUUUUUUGUCUAAACUGAAAUAGUUUUGUAAAAACUUUGCAUAUCGUAUGGGGAA